AUGGACCUGUUUGAUGAGACGCCAGCGAGUAGUGAUGUACAGAGUGAGGAUUCCUCCAGUAGCAGUGAGCAGCGUCGUGUAAUGGUGAAGAGGCGGCGCGUAGCUAAGCCGCCGUCGAGGGCGGUAGUGAGGAGGCCGCGUUCGUCCACGACGCAGGAACUCUGGGACCGAGUCGUGGCCCGGCUGGACGUGUGGCAUAAGGCGAACCGCGAGUACACCGGGCGCAUGGACGAAUAUUUACGCGACGACUUCGAACUGGAUAGCGGCCGAGUUCUGCUCAAGAUGGAAUACGACCUGCGCAAGAUUAGUCCCAAUGACAUGCUCACUUCGCUCUUCAGAGAUAUCUUUAAAACAGGCAAGCCCAAAGGUCUCGUAGACAUCAGCGACAUGCUCACCAUGAUUGCUGAAGCAGGCGACGAUAACUUCUCACCCAAAUUUCGUAUUCGCACGGAUGAGGCGAAGACCGACGACUGGGAGACGAUAAUUCUGUUCCCUCGGACGUUGUGCAAACGUGUCAUGGACUACAUCGACAGGUUAUGGUUCGGUCCCUUGCUGCAGAAGAUAAUUCUGGCGGAGCGCGCGCUCCUACAGGACCCGGUACUUACCUCAGACGACAGCCCGGUUAUAACCAAGGCCAAGCACCGAGAUCCGAUAGACGACUUACUGCCUCGAACGCCGAGCGGUUUUCUGUUUAGCCAGGAUCUGCACCAGAUCCGGGGUCUACCGAAGACGUCGCAGUUGCGGACAGUCUCGGCUCCGAUACAGGCAUUAGUCGAGAUCAAGAACUGUGCCUACGGCUCGUCGACCUCGCAAUGA